AUGGAUGUCAUCGGGGCCUCAUCCCGAAGGAGAAUGCUCGAGACCCGGAGCGUCCACUCAUCACAACCCACCACCCCAAGAUCACAUUCCUGGUCUUACAGAAAUCCGGGGUCCAUCUCCAACAAAAUAACUACCAAGGUGCCAGCCAACAGGGUGUUCGCCUCGCCAGACAGCCUGGAACUCCCAUCCACACACAACAACGAGAAAGAACAACUUCAUGGGCUGAAUGACCGAUUCGCCAGUUAUAUCGAUAAAGUCAGGUAUCUGGAAGAACAGAAUAACCUGCUGGAGACUGAAAUCCAAGAACUCCAACAGAAAAAGUUUACACAAUCGCAAUUUACUGAAGCUUUCGACCAAGAGCUCAGCGAACUCCGUUCCACGCUCGAGCAACUGCAUAGAGAGAAAGCGCAGAUCAUUAUUGAUGCCGAUAAUGUCGAAGACGACAUCCAUCGUCUCCAAAACCGCUACGAGGAUGAAGCCCGCUUUAGAGAAAAAAUCGAGAUGUCAAUCCGAGAUAUGAAGAAAGAAAAAGACAACUCGGAUCUGAUGAAAUUGGAUCUGGAGAAAAAAGUUCAGUCCCUCCUGGAUGAGGCAGACUUCCUUCGCCGUAACCACGAAGAAGAGGUCAACGAGCUCCUCGCACAGCUCCAGGAGGCUCAGGUCCCGGUAGACAAGAGGGAAUACAGUAAAACGGACAUCACCUCUGCGCUCCGAGAGAUACGCGCGCAGCUGGACGGUGUCUCCUCCCAAAAUUUGCUGCAGGCGGAAGAGGUGUUCCAGUGCCGCUACGCCAAACUCACAGACGCCGCGGACCAGAACAAGGACGCGAUCAAAACUAUCCGCGAUGAGAUCGCAGAUUACCGCCGGCAGCUGCAGGUGAAGAGCGUGGAACUGGAAGCUCUGCGCGGCACCAAGGAGUCCCUGGAGAGACAGCUGAAUGACAUCAAAGACCGGCAUAACAACGACUUGCGCAGCUACCAGGAGAUGAUCCAUCAGCUGGAGCGCGAGCUGAAGGGCAUGAAGGGCGAGAUGGGUCGCCACCUCAGGGAAUACCAGGACCUGCUCAACGUCAAGAUGGCCCUAGAUGCUGAGAUCGCAGCCUACAGGAGACUCUUGGAGGGGGAGGAGACUCGCUUCAGGCCAUUUUCUGACUCUUUCCCAAGUCCCGCCUUCCCAUACCGUCAGCCAAUUACCUCCUCCAAAGGGAAGAAAGAAGACAAGGAGGCAGAGCUGAACGAUGACCUGGCUGCUGCUGCAGAGGAAUUUCAGGCCAAGAAGGAAGACGAGGUUGUGGAGGAAGAGGUGACUGUCUCCAAACGACCCAAAGUGAGCGCUACUCCCCCUACAGGAGAGGAGGAGGAUGGUGGUGAGGAAGAAAAAGGAGCGGGAGAGAAGCAGGAGGGUGGAGAAGAUGGAGAUGAAGAGGGUGAGGGAGAGGAGGAAGAGUCUGAGAUUGAGCAAACCAAACUGAGCAGUACCAAAGCCCAGAAGUCUGGUGCUGAACAAGGGGAGGGGGAAGAUGAAGCACAGGAAUCAGGAGAGAAAGACAAAAAGAGUGACUCAGAGGGAGAGGAAGGAGAACAGGCAGGUGACAAGGAAGAUGUGACAGAGGCAGCAGCCCAUGAACAGAAGCAGGAGGAGGAGCUGAAGAGUCUGCCCAAGUCUCCAGCCAGCCCCAAACAGGAGGAGCAGAAGAGUCCCCCCAAGACUCCUGGCAGCCCCAAAGAAGAGGAGCAGGAGAAGGAGCUGAAGAGUCCUCCCAAGACUCCUGGCAGCCCCAAAGAAGGGGAGCAGGAGAAGGAGCUGAAGAGUCCUCCCAAGACUCCUGGCAGCCCAAAGGAAGAGGAGCAGAAGAGUCCCCCCAAGUCUCCUGGCAGCCCCAAAGAGGAGGAGCUGAAGAGUCCUCCCAAGUCUCCUGGCAGCCCCAAAGAAGAGGAGCAGGAGAAGGAGCUGAAGAGUUCUCCCAAGACUCCUGGCAGCCCAAAGGAAGAGGAGCAGAAUAGUCCCCCCAAGUCUCCUGGCAGCCCCAAAGAGGAGGAGCUGAAGAGUCCUACCAAGUCUCCAGCCAUCCCCAAACAGGAGGAGCAGGAGAGUCCCCCUAAGUCUCCUGGCAGCCCCAAAGAAGAGGAACAGGAGAAGGAGCUGAAGAGUCCUCCCAAGACUCCUCCCAAGACUCCUGGCAGCCCCAAAGAGGAGGAGCCGAAGAGUCCUCCCAAGACACCUACCAGCCCUAAAGAAGGGGAGCAGGAGAAGGAGCUGAAGAGUCCUCCCAAGACUCCUGGCAGCCCCAAAGAAGGGGAGCAGGAGAAGGAGUUGAAGAGUCCUCCCAAGACUCCUGGCAGCCCCAAAGAAGGGGAGCAGGAGAAGGAGCUGAAGAGUCCUCCCAAGACUCCUGGCAGCCCAAAGGAAGAGGAGCAGAAGACUCCUCCCACGUCUCCUGGCAGCUCUAAAGAGGAGGAACUGAAGAAGGAGUUGAAGAGUCCUCCCAAGUCUCCUGGCAGCCCCAAAGAGGAGGAGCAGAAGAGUCUCCCCAAGUCUCCUGGCAGCCCCAAAGAAGAGGAGCAGGAGAAGGAGCUGAAGAGUCCUCCCAAGUCUCCUGGUAGCCCCAAAGAGGAGGAGCAGAAGAGUCCUCCCAAGUCUCCUGGCAGCCCCAAAGAGGAGGAACUGAAGAAAGCAUCGAAGACAUCAGUCCCAGCCGCUAAAGAAGUGAAGAAUAAGUAAACUCAGAGCAGGACAAGAGUAAACAAAGAGUCAAAACCACUAAGACAAGCUAUACGGCAAGGGACUAUAACUGCUUGUAAUGCUGAGGAUGAUGAGUUAGAUUUGGGCAGUGUCAGGGACAGGAUCUAUAUGAGCGCCAAUAUGAAGCCAGAGGCUGAGUUAAAUCUGAAAAUACAUCUCAAAGGCGCAAACUGUCUGUUGUGUCCCAAACGUGCUACCUCAUCUAACGUGUCGGUGACUUCUGGUCCGCCCUGACCUCACUGACCUGCCGGCUGUGCUAUGCUGCACACGCUUCCUGCCUUAAACGCGCCGCAAGCCCGGUGCACUCAGCUAUGAAACAUACAAACACAAACACUGCUGUUUACAACUUUUGAGCAAUACUGAAAAA